AGCUGGGACCCAUUGACACCCAGCCCCAAGUCCUUAAACACCCCUGGCUGGGGGGUGGGGAUGCUGCUCCCUGGGGAUGGAGCUGUGCUUGUUGGUGCUGGCAUGUGGGGCUGUGCUGGAGGUGGCAGGGACCGCCAUGGUUCCAGUUGUGUCAGAGGCCCCUGGUCACAUGGUGACAGCUCCAGUGAUGCCCUCAGGUGUGGGCACAGGGAGGGUUCCUGCUCACCCCCGCUCUGAGCAGCCCAUCAUGAACUUCACCUUGAGGCUCCUGGAUGAGGACUCCCGUGCCAUUCCAGACGAGCUGCUAGUGCUCAGCCCUGGCUCUAUGAUCCACCUGGAAGCCAGUGUCCACUUCAGCCCCAGCAUCUCCAUGAAGAUCCACGUGGAUCAGUGCUACAGGACCACCACGGAGCAGCCAGGACGCUCCAGGAGGGUCUUCAUGGUGGUGAACAGCCGUGGAUGCUUGCACGGGGAGAAGUUGGGGAAUGUGUCUGUCCAGCACCAGAGAGGGGUGUCUGUCCUCCAGCUCUCCAUCCUGGCCCCCACGCUGGAGGGUGAGCCCGAGGAAGAGGAGCAGGUCUAUGUGCACUGCCUGCUGAUGGCAAGGGGACAAGGACAUGCCACCAGGUCCUGCUUCUACAGCCACACCACGGCCAGCUGGCAUAAUGCAGAGGACCCUGUCCAGAAUACCCCAUGCCACUGCUGUGACACCGGUUGUCCCGCUGCUGGCACCCUCCGUGGAGACAUUCCAGCAUUCCCAGGAGAGGGGACACUCCACCACAAGACAGUUGGACCAGUGCUGGUGCAGAAGGAGAAGGUGCCGUGGUACAAAGCACCGUGCCAGACGGUGAGGAGGUUCCUGCUGGCUGGGCUGGCCCUGGUGGGCAGUGCCGUGCUGGUGGUCGCCGUGCUGGGGGUGCUGCUGGGGCUGGCCCUGACCACCCGGCGCCUGGGCAGACCUCCGCGGGGACAGCGGCCACCGAGGCAGAGGUGUCCCUUCCAGGCUGAGCUGCAGAGUGUGGUGGGGGCCCUGGUCCUCAGGGAGACAGAGGAACAGGGCAAGAUGGGACCAGAGCCUCUUUCUCACCAAUAAAUGUGGGUUUGCUUUCUCUAAA